GUCAGUCAAGAUGAGAAUUGCUACCAAAGAUAUCAUCGCCAUUUAUAAACAACUUUUCAACGACGGAUGCAUUGUUUGCCAUAAGGAUUUUGUUUGCCUCCAUCCAGUAUUCGGUAUUCCAAAUCUUCAAGUCUUUAUGUUGAUGAAAGGUCUUGCCACUAAAAAGUGUGUCAAAGAAACCUGCAACUGGAGAUGUCUUUAUUGGACACUUAAUGAUGAAGGAAUUGCUUAUCUUAGACAAAAACUUGCUCUUCCAGAAGAUGCUGUUCCAUCAACUCUUAAACAAAGCAUUCAUACAGCUGUUCAUGACGAAGCUAAGCAAAUCCAAGGAGAAAGAAAGCUUAAGAAGGACUUCAAUGCAGGAAAGAAACCAGAAAUGAAAAAAGCUGAAUAAAUGAAAGUUUAAGUUGGUG